GUGGGGAGGAGGUCAGCCUAGCCAGCCAGACUGAGUCAGGAGCUGAGCAGACAAGAUCUCGGCUGCUACACCUCAGCAUACUUAAUUAUAGCCCAGCGCUCUCCAGAGGUCUCCUCCUCUCAAGCUCUUAGGAUUCUAAGCCAGACUACACCCCAGCAGGAAGUCUGUGCAGAAGAAAUGAGUAACUUAUGAAACGGGAUGAAUUUAAAAUUUACAUCUCUCUUUGGGACCCUGAUGAAAGAUACAUGGUCACUGCUAGAAGAUGGUUACCCCAAACGUUACUAACAAUAAUAUCUGCACCAUUAACCACAGCAUACACCAGACCGUAUCCCCCCCAAUAUACAUAUUUGUCUUUAUAAUAGGUCUCCCAGCCAACUGCCUCUCAUUGUACUAUGGGUACCUACAGAUCAAGGCGAAAAAUGAAUUGGGGAUCUAUCUGUGUAAUUUGACUAUAGCAGACUUGUUCUACCUCUUCUCUUUGCCCUUGUGGCUACAAUACUUUUUUCAGCAUGACGAUUGGACUUAUAAUGAACAACUGUGCAAAAUCUGUGGCAUUCUCCUGUAUGAGAACAUUUACAUCAGUGUGGGCUUUCUCUGCUGCAUCUCCAUGGAUCGCUAUCUUGCAGUGGUACAUCCUUUUCGUUUCUAUCAGUUUCGGACAAUAAAGGCCGCUGUGAUGGUGAGCGUCGUUAUCUGGAUCAAGGAAAUUCUGAUGGGCUGGCUUAUAUUUCAGAAUAUUGAUAUUAGUAAGGAUUCAGAAAGUCAUACAAUAUGCUUUGAACAUUAUCCCAUCAAAGACUGGGAGCACAGAUUCAAUUAUUACCGCUUCUUUGCUGGCUUCCUUUUUCCCUUCUCUCUGCUGCUCUUUUCUUACUGUGGAAUUUUACGAGUUGUCCGCAAGAGCCAUGGCACUCAAAAGAAGACAAAAGUUCAAAUUAAAUGUCUGGUUUCAAACACUGUUAUCAUCUUCUUGGUUUGCUUUGGACCAUACCACAUCCUGUUGGUAAUUCGCAGCUUGUUUGAGACGACCUGCAUGUUUGCAGCUAAAAUCUUUAACGUUUACCACUUUUCUCUCUUGUUGACUAGUUUUAAUUGUGUUGCAGACCCAAUAUUGUAUUGCUUUUCCAGUGAAAGCACCUACCAGAACUUAGUCAAAAUGAGAGAUUCCUGUUUAACAUGCCUAAGAUGUUUUAGAACUAAAAAGAAGGAAUGCAACCAGCUUAAAACUCCAGAAACCCUCACAAAAAGCAGCAGUGUACCAGUGGAUGAAGCGACACGGUUAAACAAACUACAAUCUGCUAAUGAAAUGAAAGACUCUUCUACAAUCAGUAUAGACAAACUUUAGCACCCUUUAGAAAGGGAGACUGAUCUAAAUUUUCCAGGUCUAUGUUUGGACUUCUAUCUUUGGUUUAUGAAUGUAUUGCAACUGCUUUACCUUCUAAAGAGCUCAGUAGCUCAUGUGUACAGUAAGCAGAGCAGAGCUGAUACUUUUGCCACAAGGGGAAUUCCUUAGUUCUCUUGAGUAACUUGGACCUUGACAUAGGGCAGGGAAAAUACACACCAGGUCAGUUUAGCUAAGAUCACACAGGGUGAUAUAUUACUGACUCGGUGUAGCCAAAGUCAGGGGGAAGCUGCUGAUCUGAUGACUGGACCUGCUAAAAUAAAAUGUUAGUGGUGUGAAUCUGCCAUAAUGAUCUUUAACUGCUUGUUGUUUGUCCAGGUACUGACCAUGAGAAAGCUGUCAACCUCUGUGAUCACCUUUCUGAAAAGGUGGAGAAUGGAAUAAACUAUGUGAAAUUAAGUGAUAAACGUUUCCCAAAGGAAAAAUGUUUGUGUGUGAUUUCUGUAACUUUGUCCCAAUCACCUCAUCCUCAAGCCAUGCUGCAACAACCAGUGAGCAGGGAACCCUGAGACAGAGCAAAA